GAUUGCGACAUUGGUGCUGAAUCCGGGCAUUCGAAUGUCAUAUCGCAAUUGAGAGGUUUUUGAUGGCUUAGGAGCAGUUGAGUUCAAGCGUCUGUAUGGGGUUGAAGAAUUGUGAAGAUCGAUUUCACAAUGUGCAGAUUGGAGAAAUCUGAGAACAAAUCGGAUUACGAGGUGGAGAAGGGGAAGGAGAGACGGUGGCCGAUGGGCUUCAAGUAUCCAGGAGAGAGUAAAAUAGAGAAAAUGAAGAGUUCCGUGAUCCCUCGCUCUUGCAUGAAGCUAUGGAUGAUUCGGGCGACUACUACUUUGUUGCUCUGGACUUGCGUUGUUCAAUUGACGGCGUUGGGGGAGAUGUGGGGGCCGAGGGUUUUGAAGGGUUGGCCAUCUUGCUUUACGCCUUCGGAUUCUCCAUUGUCUGUACAAAUGUCUUCAGCUCCUGCAAAAAUCCCAUUGCCGCCCAAAAGGGUUUAUAAGAACAAUGGUUAUCUGAUGGUUUCAUGCAAUGGAGGACUUAAUCAGAUGCGGUCAGCGAUAUGUGACAUGGUUGCAAUUGCAAGAUAUUUGAAUGUUACACUUAUUGUGCCCGAGUUGGAUAAAACCUCCUUCUGGAAUGAUCCCAGUGAAUUCCAGGACAUAUUUGAUGUGGAUCAUUUCAUUACAUCCUUAAGAGGUGAGGUUCGAAUAUUGAAAGAGCUUCCGCCUAGGCUUAAGAGAAGAGUGGAGCUAGGAAUGGUACACUCAAUGCCACCCAUUAGUUGGUCUAAUAUUUCGUACUAUCUGUAUCAGAUUCUUCCUCUGAUACAAAAGUACAAGGUUGUGCAUUUAAACAAAACUGAUUCUCGACUUGCUAAUAAUGGCCUACCCAUAGAGAUUCAGAAGUUGCGUUGCCUAGUAAAUUUCAGUGCUUUGCGAUUCACUCCUCAGAUAGAGGAGUUGGGUAGAAGAGUUAUAAAGCUUCUGAGACAAAAGGGCCCUUUCUUAGUCCUCCAUCUCAGAUAUGAAAUGGAUAUGUUAGCAUUCUCUGGCUGUACUCAGGGUUGCAACAAUGAGGAGGUAGAGGAGUUGACAAGAAUGAGAUAUGCUUACCCCUGGUGGAAAGAAAAAGUGAUAAACUCUGACCUGAAAAGGAAAGAUGGUUUGUGCCCUUUGACCCCCGAGGAAACUGCUCUUAUACUGAGAGCAUUGGGUAUUGAUCGCAAUAUUCAGAUUUAUAUUGCUGCUGGAGAAAUAUAUGGUGGAGAAAGGAGGAUGGCGAGUCUCAGAGCAGCAUAUCCAAAUUUGGUCAGGAAAGAGACAUUGUUGGAAUCUUCGGAUCUUAGGUUUUUCCAGAACCACUCCUCUCAGAUGGCUGCAUUGGACUACCUAGUUUCACUUCAGAGUGAUAUCUUUGUUCCUACUUACGAUGGAAAUAUGGCAAAAGUUGUUGAAGGCCAUCGCAGAUUCUUGGGGUUCAAGAAGACAAUUCUAUUGGACAGGAAGCUUUUAGUUGAUUUGGUAGACCAAUACAAGGAUGGAUUACUGAGGUGGGAGAAAUUCUCUUCUUUAGUAAAAGAAGUUCAUGUAAAUCGCAUGGGUAGCCCAACUAGAAGAGUUGGGAUUCCUGAUAGACCCAAAGAAGAGGAUUAUUUCUAUGCAAAUCCAGAAGAGUGUUUGCAAAGUGUUGAAUCAUUGAGUAGCACCUGAUCCUUACCUUGGACAGGAGAUUGCCACAUUUAAUCGUCAUCUCCGCCAAUCUGGCGAUACUUUCAAGCUUAAUGACUCAGUUCCUUGUGGGGGAGGUAUAAAAGUGGAGAUGGUUUAUCAUUUAUGGAAAUCACAAAAGAUGAUGUAGGGGGGGAAGCGCAUUAAGUUCUUCGGUGAAGUUCUCUUCAUAAGCAGCUGCGUCAUAUUUAUAUAUUUCAUAUUAAUAAAUAAUACAAUUCUUGUAUAGACAACAUCACCCUUCCAUUGCAGGGUAAUAGCAGAUCAGCUGCAAUUUACAACAAAUGGCUGAAAUUUUUAGUGGGACUGAAGAAACCAUGGAAGCUCAGCCCUUCUUCCUUUACGAGUUGUAUUCUUUUUGGACUUGAAAGCCAUCACAGUUUCUUGCUCUUAUCUCA